CACUUGACGUAAACGCACGGCACGUUCUCUCACACGCUCGGUGAUGACUGUGACUGCGCCUGCGCGUCGGUGUCGUGGUUUGGUCCGCUGCUGCUGCUGCUGCUGCUGCAGUGUGCGCUGCUUUCUCGUUGUUCGGUGACCGAGACCUUUGCCAUCAUGAGCGGGACACUAGCCAAGAUCGCCGAGAUAGAGGCGGAGAUGGCCCGGACCCAGAAGAAUAAAGCUACUGCACAUCAUCUUGGGUUGCUGAAAGCACGCUUAGCUAAGUUACGACGUGAGCUUAUUACCCCUAAAGGUGGUGGAGGAGGUGGUCCUGGGGAAGGUUUUGAUGUUGCAAAGACCGGAGAUGCUCGAAUUGGAUUUGUUGGAUUCCCAUCUGUGGGAAAGUCAACGCUCCUUAGUAACUUGGCUGGUGUUUACUCAGAAGUGGCAGCCUAUGAGUUCACUACCUUGACCACAGUUCCUGGAGUUGUUAGAUACAAAGGAGCCAAGAUUCAGCUGCUUGACCUCCCUGGGAUUAUUGAGGGAGCUAAAGAUGGAAAAGGCAGAGGUCGGCAGGUCAUUGCAGUGGCUCGCACAUGCAAUUUAAUCCUUAUUGUCUUGGAUGUGUUGAAACCUUUGGGACACAAAAAGAUAAUUGAAAAUGAACUGGAGGGUUUUGGAAUCCGACUGAACAAGAAACCACCAAACAUUGGGUACAAGAAAAAGGACAAAGGCGGCAUUAACCUUACAGCCACAUGCGCUCAAAGUGAGUUGGACAAUGAGACUGUAAAAAGUAUCCUCGCGGAGUACAAAAUUCACAAUGCAGAUAUCACCCUGCGGAGUGAUGCGACUGCAGAUGAUCUUAUUGAUGUAGUUGAAGGAAACAGGGUUUACAUCCCCUGUAUCUAUGUAUUGAAUAAGAUUGACCAAAUCUCCUUGGAAGAACUAGAUGUGAUUUACAAAGUGCCUCACUGUGUUCCAAUCUCUGCACAUCACCGCUGGAACUUUGAUGACCUGUUGGAAAAGAUGUGGGAUUAUCUGCGGUUGGUGCGAAUCUACACUAAACCGAAGGGUCAGUUGCCUGAUUACACUGCGCCAGUUGUACUUCCUGAUUCUCGUACAACAGUGGAAGACUUCUGCACCAAAAUUCACAAAAAUCUUAUCAAAGAAUUCAAAUAUGCUUUGGUUUGGGGGGCCUCUGUUAAGCAUAAUCCUCAGAAAGUUGGCAAAGAUCAUGUAAUGGAAGAUGAGGAUGUCAUUCAAAUUGUGAAGAAAUAAUCACAAUAUUUUCCUCCUGUUAUCACUUAACCCUGCAGCCACUAAACACCCUGCAAAUGACAGGUGACUCAUUUGUAAAUAUCUCAUGAACAAAGUGUCAAUAAAAUCUGUUUUAAUUGCCAACCA